ACACCUCCUUCUGGGGACCAUGCCAUGGGCAGCUUUGCCCUCCCCAUCGAUCCUUCUCUAGCACCCAUGCCGCAGGGCAGUGUGGGCCUGUGGGGGAGCGUGACGCGAAGCAUUGUGGGGCCGGGACCCGGUGGUAGCGGCGGCGGGUGGAGGUGGCGGCCGGAGAACAACAAGCCCCGGAGCCGGAGCCGGGGGAAGCGGGACGGGACGGGAUGGGCGACAGCGGGCGGGACUGUAGAAGCCCAGACAGCUCCUCCCUGAGCUCAUCCCCACAGCCUCCUACCCGGGGGGGCCCUCCCUCUUCUCCUGGGCCCCCCCUGGCUCCCCUACCCUCUGCAGCUUCAUCCCUUCUAGGAACAGGAGGCCCGUCCCAACUCCCACUUGGCUCCCCCUUCCCUGUCAUCAGCUCCUCAAUGGGGUCGCCUGGGCUGCCUCCCCCAGCCCCUCCUGGACCCUAUGGCCCUGUCAGCAGUCCCCAGAUUAACUCCACAGUGUCACUCCCUGGGGGAGGGUCCGGAACCCCAGAAGAUGUGAAGCCACCACUGUUGGGUGUUCGAGGCCUACACUGUCCACCUCCCCCAGGAGGUCCAGGGGCUGGCAAACGUCUUUGUGCAAUCUGUGGGGACAGGAGUUCAGGCAAACACUAUGGGGUCUACAGCUGUGAAGGUUGUAAAGGUUUCUUCAAGCGAACCAUCCGAAAGGACUUGACCUACUCAUGUCGGGACAACAAGGAUUGCACUGUGGACAAGCGGCAACGGAACCGCUGUCAGUACUGCCGCUACCAGAAAUGCCUUGCCACUGGCAUGAAGAGGGAGGCGGUACAGGAGGAACGUCAAAGGGGCAAGGAGAAGGACGGGGAAGGGGAGGGGGCCGGGGGGGCCCCUGAGGAGAUGCCUGUGGACAGGAUCCUGGAGGCUGAACUCGCCGUGGAGCAGAAGAGUGACCAGGGCGUAGAAGGGCCCGGGGGGGCCGGGGGCGGCGGCAGUAGCCCAAAUGAUCCUGUGACCAACAUCUGUCAGGCAGCAGACAAACAGCUGUUUACAUUGGUUGAAUGGGCAAAGAGGAUCCCACACUUUUCCUCUCUGCCCCUGGAUGACCAGGUCAUCUUACUUCGAGCAGGCUGGAAUGAGCUGCUCAUCGCUUCCUUCUCCCAUCGUUCCAUCUCCGUCAGGGAUGGCAUUCUUCUUGCCACAGGACUCCAUGUUCAUCGAAACUCUGCUCAUUCAGCUGGUGUUGGAGCCAUUUUUGAUCGGGUGCUGACUGAACUGGUGUCCAAGAUGCGUGAUAUGCGAAUGGAUAAGACAGAACUUGGCUGUCUGAGGGCAAUUAUCUUAUUCAAUCCAGAUGCCAAGGGCCUCUCCAACCCUGGAGAGGUAGAAAUUCUGAGGGAGAAAGUCUAUGCAUCUUUGGAGUCAUACUGUAAACAGAAAUACCCUGAGCAGCAGGGACGGUUUGCAAAGCUGCUCCUUCGCCUCCCUGCCCUCCGCUCUAUUGGCCUCAAGUGCUUGGAGCAUCUGUUUUUCUUCAAGCUCAUCGGGGACACGCCCAUUGACACCUUCCUCAUGGAGAUGCUAGAGGCACCACACCAGCUUGCCUAACAUUGAUAAAUAGAGGGAAAGGGAGGGAGGGCGGGCAACUCUCCUCUGAAGGGAGGCUGGAAUGCAAGAUGGGCCCCAAACUAUAGGAGGUGAUGGUGGGGAAGAAAUCUUCAGGACUUUGGAAAGAGAACAAAGCUAAACUGAAACCCCCAGGGGGGUUACAGCAGUUCAUCUGAUACCACCAUUCAAGGAAACCCUAGAACCCUGAAAGAGAUGGGGUGGUCCCUGUCUUCAGCCUGCCUCGUCCUCUAACUUAUAGGGGAUAUCCAAGGUUUGAACUGAGUUCUCUUAUUGGUAAAGGAAUCCCCCAUCUAUUUCCCUCAAUACAGCACCGGGGAUCUGCUGUGCUUUUCUCCGAGGAUCCCCUGUCUGGGGGACCUUUUGAAAUCUUCCCCUUCUUCCCCAUUUUUUUGAAUAAGACAUUUGAAAUGGGGGCUCUGUUCUUCACCCAGAGAAAUGGACACUGGGGGGCAGGACCCCUCCAAGUGAUGAUGGACAUUGGCCAUGAUACACACCUCUCCCUUAGGAAGACAUGGAAAGACUGUGGGAGAUGGUAAUUAGUGACAUCAUAGCCUUGCUUUUCACAUCCUUUUUAUGGCCAUUUUUCUUUCUAAUCAGACUGAAAGAGAAUAAGAUGGGGAAGAAAAUAGACUAGCUUUUCCUGUCCUUGGUUUGCUGAGGUUUUACAGGAAGAGCCAGAGGUUAGUCUCAAAGUUCUUCCCACUAGUGAGAGAGACAUUUUAGGGAAAGGGUGUAGGUUGUAUCCAUCCUUGAGGAUCUCCAAGCAUGAGUGAUUUUCCUCCCAAAACUUCUUUUCUACCUGCCCAAUCUAGUUGGGCAGCCAAACCAGAGAGAAAGGUGAUUUGAAUAGGGAGCUGUUGAAGAGAGAGGCUUUUGAGAUGAUACAGUUAUCAUUGACAUCCCCACCCCCAAUUCCUGAUUACACCAUCUCCCCCCAUAAUCAUGUCUUCCCAGUACUCACAUAAAUUUUUUGCUCUGCCCUCCCUGACUGGGAAAGCUGAUUUGAGGAGGCAGGGUUGCUGCAGGGAUUGGAGGAAAGUGUCAAUCCCAGGGAAAGGGGACGGGGUGUUUUCUGGGGCCUGCAUGAUUCUCUAGGUUCCAGCUGUCCGCAGGACUCCCCCCCCCCAAAAAAAAAAUGCUUUCAAAUUAAAGCCGCUGCUUUUCUGGA